CGAGUGGUCACUCGCCACUGUCCCCCACCUCACUGAGCUCUGCCUCCAGCAUAUCGUUCACAAUUUUGAAAACUCACUUGCCUCAACCAUGGCCAGGACUGUGGAGCUGCUGUUUCCUUCUCUGGAUUCAUGCACGCGUUACAGUAGGACUCAAGGAUGGAGCCCCAUUGUGCUGAGUGCUGUACAAAGAGAUGGGGAAUUGCUCCCUGCUCGGAGGAGCUAGCAUCUCAGAAUACAUAUUGUACUCACAGCCUCAGGUCUUCUCCACGGCUUUUGGUGGUGAUGUGACAAGUUAUAUCCUCAGGCAGGGAAUGUGCUUUUGAAGCAGGUGGACUGAUGAAACAUAGCAAAACAGAGAAAGCAUGUCUUAUCUGGGAACUGACUGGAAGGGGGAAAGGAAGGGCCUACCUGUCUUUUUGGCUGACUCAGUGAAGUGGCAGCAAAGACCAAAAACCAAAGAUAGGUCUAAGGCUAUGUCCACAUUGGGACCGUAAGACAGUACAGAGGAGCUCAGUGCUGCCUUAUGCCAGGAGCUGAUGGUACUUGGGGAUCUGAGCAGGGACACCCUUGCAGUCCUACGAGCCUGGUCAUUCAGUCCAAUGCCAAAUGGAUUGUACCUAUGUUGUGUGCACAUAAAAGCAGUGUGCUCAGUGUCUUGGGGACCCUCGUGCCAUUACCUGAGCUGUGCGGCUGUAUCUUGCCCACUGCUGUGGCCUGAGUGAGCCCAAGUGAAGCUAGCCCAGUUCUGCUCAUACAUGUCCCACCUCUGCUUGUUGUUGUGGGACUUUGUAGAGGUCACUGCAGUGCCAGCUGUAGGACACUUGGAGAACAGACUCCAGGAAGAGGCUGUGGUAGAACUCUGGGUGUCCUUAGGAAGGAAAUGCCACAGAGACAGCAAAUAUAAAGCUAACCCCACUUUGUGUCUCAAAAUCUGAUUUCCCAUGCACAGAUAGGCCUCUCCACUGAUGAUUUCUGUUACUCAACACUACUGUGCACAUGUCACCAAGCAUUCAUGGUAUGAGUAUGCACGGCUUUUCUCUGGCAUUUCUUACCACAAAGAACCCCCACCAGGCAGAAGCCAGCUGAGACUUAGGGUGAGCAUCAGGAAAGAGACUGAGGGGAGAAAGCUCCUGGGAAAAGACAACUUUUAUUUAAACAUGGUGGACCUAAAGGCUAAGAGUGUGUCUCAGUGGAAAGGAACAGGAAUCAAUUUGGGGUAAGACAGACACCUGAGUUAAGAUAAAAAGGCACGAGGACUUGCGUGAAAAGCACACAGACAGUUGUUCUCAAAUAUUGUCUUUCAAUAUGCUUAGAAACCAAACGGAGAAAGUUUAGCAAAUGACAAGCCAAGCUCUCCCAUUGCUGUAAGGGUGAAUUAGCUCUCUUGGGAGCAGAAGUCCUGCUCUGAAUAUAAACUGCAUUCAAACUAAAUUUAAACUGGGAGCUAAGUUUCUGAUGCAGUUCCCAAAUAUUAUGGAAGUAAACCAAAUUACGCUGAUGUUUUAUUGUAAAAGUUAGAAAUCCUACACAGAAAUGUAGGAGAUGAAUCCUACGCAUUUUCUGCCAGCUUAGCUCCCUGCACCAGCUGCUGGCAACUGAGAAGAGAGCCAGUAUCAGCAGAGGGGAGGGCAUGGGCAUGCAGCUUGGGGCCCGGGCAGAACCAUAGUGCCAGCCAUGGUUCCUACAGCCCAGAUCAAGCUCUCCUUCUCUUUAUCCCCUCCAGAGAACCCUAUUUUGGACUGUCUUCUGCCUGAGCACCAAAGGAAUGUGCUGGACAGGCUCUCCACUGGCCUUCCACUCGCUGUGACUGCCAACCUAAUAAGCGAUGAGGACUACUGGAAGAGGUGCUGCACUGAGCGCUGGCAAGCGUGUGACAUCUCCAACUAUGGAGACAGCUGGAAACAGAUGUUCUUCGAACGUCACCUGGAGAACAUCCUGAAACGUUUCAUCCCUAACACCACAGACCCCAACCAGGUCCUAGAGCUCAUCCCACUCUGCAAAGACUAUGUGCGGAAACUGGAGGUUGAUCAGUUCCUGCCACCAGUGCAGAUGGAUCAAAAGGAGGAGAGGGAUGACCUCUCCAAUACAGGGAGUGAUUUUGGAUUCGGUGAGGUCUCCAUACAUCACUAUGACCUGGGAGUCCUCAUUACUGCUCUCCCUCACCUUGAAGAGCUUCAUCUCACUUAUGGCGUGAAGGACUGCGGCAUGAACUUCGAGUGGAACCUCUUUAACUUCACCCACCAGGACUGCUGCAACCUGGCUGUCGCCGUGAAGAUGUGCCACAACUUGAAAGUUUUCAAGCUGACGCGAAGCAAAGUGGAUGAUGACAAGACCAGGCUGCUGGUCCGUAACUUGCUGGAUCACCCCUGCUUGGUGGAGCUGAACUUGUCCCACAAUCUCAUCAGGGACAAGGGGGCACAAGCUGUUGGCAAGUUGAUCAACCACAGCAGAUUACAAACCCUUGAUCUGUGUAACAACCAGAUCCAUCACCUGGGGGCUCAGGCUCUUGCUCAAGCCCUGGCUGAGAACUCCACUCUGACCUCCCUCAACCUGCGCCUCAACUGCAUGGAGGACAAAGGCGGGGAAGCAAUUGGCCGUGCCCUGCUGACCAACACCACCCUGAAGUCCAUCCAUCUGGGAAGUAAUAACCUGUCAGAGCCAACUGCUAUGCUUUUCUCCCAGGUCUUGGCUCAGAACACCUCCCUGACGAGCAUCAACUUCUCAUGCAACCACCUGGGGCUGGAUGGUGGGAAGCAGCUGCUUGAAGGGCUGGCGGAUAACAAGGCUUUGACGGAGUUCAACCUCCGCCUGGCAGAGGUGGGCCAGGAGACCGAGUACCUCAUUCACCAAAUUGUGUGGGCCAACCGGGAAGCGGCGAGGCUGGGGUCUCUGCAGCACCCCCCUGCCAAACCCAUCUGAAAAAAAUGCUCCAGAGAGCGAUGAGCUUUGCAGGUGCAGUGUUGGAGAUACUUUACUUCAGAGGCUUGGUUUUGUUAGUGUUUCUGAGAAACACUCAACUUGUGACUGUCACCGCAGCCUUUCCCAGAUCCCCAUCAUCCAACCUGUGACUUAAUACAAGACAGACGUUAGACCUCAUGGGACUGUAGUGGCAUCACAGAAGCAAUCUACCUCUUGAGCCCUCUCUCCCAUUGCACUCGAGACUAAAUCCCACCUCCUGUGGUGUUUCUUACGUGCUCCGGCAGCAAGCUUAGUUCAGGCAACUGGAUGUUGUUCCACCUGUAAAGCAGCUAAGGUGAAGUCUCCACCAUCUAAAUGGUCUAGUCCAGUCCAGACCUAACCUUCAGGGCAGGCAGCUUUUUUAGGCUUUUUGCUGAGGAGGAUGUGAGGUGGAUAGAGGGAACGCUGUUUCUAGUUCCUCGGCAACUUUUUCUGGCUAUUGCUCUGCUCAAGGAUUUAUUUGUUUUUAUAGCAAAAAUCCGUCUGGAGUCUCGGAUAUGGGUGGUGAAAAGUAAAACAAAAUAAAUUCAAAAAAUGA